AUGAUCAAUACCAUUCAUGCAGCUACACAUCACAGAUCUGUCGCGACAGCUGCGCAGAAGCUAGUCUAUCCAGCAGCAGAUCGCAACAAGUAUCCAAUCCUGCAAGUGUUGAAGAGACUAAUUGAUCGAAGACCCAAUCAGAAAUUAUUAGAAAUAGCUUCGGGCUCAGGGCAACAUAUGGCCCACUUUGCCCCGGAGUUUCCACAAGUCACAUUCCAUCCCUCGGAAUUUGACGUAAAUCUUCUGGACAGCAUUCUCGCUUACACCCAAUACUUCGACAACGCCCGCGAUCCCCUGCACAUCGACAUCACUCAGACCUGGAACACCUGGCCUGGUAAACACUUCAAAGAGAAAAGUUUGGAUUACAUCUACUGUGCCAAUAUGAUCCACAUCUCUCCCUUGAAGUGCACAUUCGGUCUCUUUGAGAAUGCCGGAGCUCUGCUCAAGCCUGAAGGAUUGCUGAUCACUUAUGGUCCUUAUGCUGUUGAUGGAAAAAUUACGCCUGAGAGCAAUGUUAAUUUUGAUAAGUCCCUUCGAUCGCAGGACCCUGAUUGGGGCCUCAGGGACGUGGUAGAUCUCAAGAAAAUUGCACUCAAGUAUGAUAUAACAUUAGUGGAGAUGAUUGAUAUGCCGGCUAACAAUAUGAUUCUCGCUUGGAAGAAAAUGUGA